UUUUGGUAGUGAUCGAAACUUAAGGACCAAUACUGUUAACGUUUUAAAUAUGGCCGGUUUUCUACCAGUAACAGAUUCUAGAAGUUCUAGUCAUAGUAAGAGUUCUUCCACUUUAGAAACGUCACGAGAUCAACACAACCUUCCAUUUCUGAAGGAGGAUUCUUACACGGAUACAAUUCUUGUGGUUGAAGGGAAAAAACUUUAUAUACAUAGAGCGUUACUAGGAUAUGCCUCUCCAUACUUCACUAAAUUGCUAAAUUCAGCGCACAGCGCAGCACUAUCAGAAAAGAAAGCAAAAGCAGAGCUUAAAAUUGCCGAUAAGAAUUAUGCUGAUUUUGUGGAAAUGUUCGCAUUUUUCCAUCCGGGGGUUUGCCGUGAAUUGAACGACAAGAUGGCGCUUCGAUUGCUUCCAUUAUCGGAUGAAUUUCAAAUGGCGGCUUUAAAGGAUCGUUGUGAACGGUUACUUGUGAAUGUUUUGAAGAAAACACCGAUGGUCAACAGAGCAUCAAAAGGACCACCAACACACAAGAAUAGAAGAGAUAAUACUCCAGAAAUAUUACUGAAGUGCAUUAAAGCAGCGGACCAAGGAAACUCUAGUGUCCUACUCAAUCAAUGUAUUAAAAUGUUUUCAAGCCCCGAGAUUGCAUUAAAGGAUUUGAAAGCUAGCAGUGAAAUAUCUGAUACUACAAAAUCAAAAAUAUUCGAAACUAGAAUGGAUGCUGCGUCAAACAAACUGAGCAGGAUGGCGAAUGAGCUGGACAGGGAAAAACACGAGAAAGAGAUGCUGAAAAAACAACUUGUGGAUAGGUUUGUACCGAAGAAUCGCUCCCCCAGAUAUAAUGGAUCAGAACCUUCGCUCGAGCAACCUCGUCCCUUUCCAGUGAAAUUACCUGCUCACAAGCACCAUCAUUACAUAGCUCACCAACGGCAAAUUAAAUAUGCUGAAAAUAUUCUUGGACCGGUACAUGAAUUUUCAAGGAAUGAUUUCAAAGAUGUCAGACUGAGCCAUAGAGGAAUGAUCAAGUCAGACAAGGGUGACUUGUAAGAGACGCUGGACUUAGAUUCAUAUAGUGACAAGUGUCCUGAACUUGUUGGGUGUACAGGAUAAAACAAAUACAUUUAGGUCUACGUCUGGGUUUUACUCAUGAGUUCAGAAACUGUUACAGUAAACAAAGAAACACUAGAUAAAAUUGUAUACAUAUUUUUUCCGUAUGAUUAAAAAAAAACAAUAAUAGCAUCAAUCUAUAACUCAUUACCUGAGAUACCUUUUGUAAGUUCUGAUUUGCUCUUCCGUAAGUUCUAAUAUGUUCUUUUGUUGGUUUUCAUGGAACAUGUAUUCCCGUAAAUGCUUGAACAGUGAAUACGAAAAUAAUCAGAUUGUUCAUAAUUUGUUUUAAUAUUUUUUUAGAUAAGAACAAAAACUUUUGGAAAAAAUAAAAUUUACACAAUUUCCACAUUUUCAUUCAUUUUGGCAAAAUAUUAUAUUUCUUGAAUCUAAACUGCAGAGGCAAAUAUUUCAUUUAUUUUCAUUUUCACAUGUCAUGUUAAAAUUUAUAUAGUAUAGAAAACAAAAAUGCAUGUACAGUAAAAUUUCUUUAAAUUGACAAAUAAACCACAUAUCCCAGUAAGGCAACUACCAAAACACGAAAAUACUGCCAUAACGUAUAACCAUUUAUGUUUAUUAAUUACAAAAGAUUAAAUAUGCUAUUGCAUUGUAAAUGUAUAUUAAGCCAUGCAGUCAGGAUUCUACUUCGUUAAAAUUAUCUCCCCAUUAGGCCAGUCCAUUUUCACAAUCGUAGAAAUUGAAGCCAUUGUAGGGAUAACGCGCUACCAAUUUUGCUCUUGAAACCCGAUAAAUUUAUCCACAUUGCACCAUUACGAUCCUUAUAUGUCAGUUUUACUUUAAAAGACAAAUGUAUCAACUGGCUAAUGAGCAUCAGUUAAUAAUCUUGUCUGCAUUGAUUCAACUUAAAACUAUUGUCUGAUCGGUUUUCAGGUGGAAUUUUCUAAAAGUUAUAAACAUUUAAAAAAAGUUCUGAUUAAUAUUUCGUGGAAGGGCAGACUAAAUUUGUUUAGUGUAUGAAGACUAAACACCCUAGUUAAAACACACAAAAAAAUAGAAUUUUUCGAAGAUAUGCAUUUUCAUCAUUCAACUUGAAAGACUGUCGUCAAGUACUUCCAGUAAAAAAUAGCUAUUCGAACACACCUUCUCUGUUUUUUUGACUCAUUAGAUUGGUAUUUCACUUGACCAAUAUAUUUCAUCUAUUAGUACUGUGAUUUUUUUGUGUUAUAAAGUCAACCUGUAGCUUAAAUAUAAAAAAAAUGAUAGAAUCUGAAGCGAGAUGAUGUAUGAAAUAUUCUUACUUUGUAAGAAGUAUCAAGACAAGAUACUCAACUCAAACACGCCCUAACAUAAAAAGGUGCACUCGAUUUUCUCUUUUCGAUACAAUUGUUAGCCAUUUUUUGGAAUUUUUCUUCAGUCACAUACAUUGUAAUUAAAGGGUAGACUCGAAAAUGACUGAACUAAUAGAUUGAUAUGUUUUCCGUCCGUGGUAAUUUUAUCAAAAAAAUCGGAGGUGAUGCAUUUUCUUCAUCCAACUUGAAAAAUACCCAUGUCGUCGACUUCAUAUCUAAUUGUUCUGCUCAACUAUGUACUAGAUAAAUGGAAAACUUAUGCAAAUGGUGUUUUUU